AUGCAUUCUAUCCUUAUUUCUUCCUUUUUGUUAUUAAGUUCUGCACUAUUCGUUUCAGCUGAUUAUGGUGUUUCGAGUCCUCCUGCUGGAGAAAUCUUUAAAAUUGGAGAUAAACUUGAAGUAAAAUGGACAGUAGGAAAUAUAGUAGAACCUUCUGUGGAUGUUAAAUUGGUUCAUGGUCCCGCUGAAAAUUUACAAUUGUUUAGAAAGUUAUGUACACUUGAUCCAAAAGUAGGAACAUGUACAACCGCUAUCGACGAAAAUAUUCCUUCUGGAAUUGAUUAUGCCAUUAUCAUUGCUGGAAAAGAUAUUGGUUUUUCAAGCUAUUUUACUAUUCAAGCUAAAGGUCUUCUUCCUGAAAAUAAGGGAUGUCCAAAAAUGGGUGGUAAGGAUUGUCCAGAAAAUCUCCCUUGUUGUAGUGCAUCCGGUUUUUGUGGUGCUACCGAGGGACAUUGUGGAACCGGUUGUCAACCUGGUAAAAGUUUUAAUGGAGUUUGUAUUACAAAAGGUGUUGAUAAUCUUAUCAAACAAAAAACGUCUUUAAAAUCCUCUGUUGUAAAGUGUGGAAAAAAGAUAUGUAACUCCUUGGCACCUUGCUGUAGUGAAAAGAACGUGCAACCUUCAAACACUGCGGAAAAGGCUGCCAAGUCAAAAAGAGCUUGA